UGCAACAAUUUUCUAAAGGCGGUUAGGCCACCAGGACGAACAAAGUGUUUCGGGUUUAAUUCAUCCAUGGACAGAUUUUAUUUAGUUACAUCACAAAAUUGAUUUGAUCAAAAAUGGGGGAAAAUUAUGAAUGGGAGCUUAGUAAAGAAAACAUUCAACCUUUGAGGCAUGGGAGAAACAUUAGCAGUCUGGUGACAGCACUUGGAACAGUCAGUGAAGAUCACGCCAAGCAUCAGCGAAAUGAACAACGAAAGGCUAUGGAACUGGACAUCAUGGCUUAUGAUGGCCCAGAUCCUCUUGAAUUAUGGAGCAGGUAUAUCCAGUGGGUUGAGGAAAAUUAUCCACAGGGUGGCAAAGAGAGUGAUUUGCUAAUAGUGCUGGAACAAUGUCUUGAAAAGCUAAGGGAUUCUUCUCAGUAUCAGUCUGACCCCCGCUUACUUGACAUAUAUUUACGCUACCUGGAUCUCACCGAGAACAAUGCAGAGUGGUUCAGCCAGCUGUACGGUGCAGGCUACUUUCACAAGCUGUCUAGUUUCUACAUCCAUUGGGCUGAAACGCUGGAAGCCUGCUCCAAUUUUAAAGAAGGAACUCGGAUUUACAAGCUGGGUUUGCAAAAUGGUGCUGAGCCAAUCAACAAGUUGGAGGAGAGCUACAAACACUACCAGGCCAGAGUGGCUAAUGCCAUUUUUAAAAGCAUGACCAAUCCAGUACAGUCGGAUGAGAACCAUGAACCAAGCCGAAAUGCUUUCGGUGAACUUGAAACAGAUAGCAAAGCACCAACCGUUCGUUCAGGAACAAGUGUGCGCAAGUUUCAGAAUAAUCGACUUCUACCACCGUCGACGAUCGUAAAAGGCAAUAACAAACCAAUCUUUAUAUUGGAUGAUGAAAACAAUCUUGGUGGGACUCAGUCAACGCUCAUCAGCUCUAAAGUGGCCCUUCCCAUUCAAUCGGUAAUGAAGGCAGAAAAUUCCAUUAAAGCCACCAAGUGGACUGAAGCCCAUGCCGUAGUGAACGAAGUUGUGGCAUCUGUUCCAACCCAGCCCAGUUUUCAGGUGCAUUUGGAUGAUGGAGUUCCAUUGCCGUCUAGUCAGCGCAAAGCGGCUGAUGGUUUCAGUGGAGCAUUGAAAGAUAAAGCUGUGAUUCCAACCAAGUUAAAUCCCCAAACGCUCUUCGAGCGGGAGAAUCCCAAAGUACGGUUAAUGUGUGACCUGAACAAGAUGAUGGUUGGCCACAGGGAGUUUAGUUUCGAAGAAAUUCGACGUCAAUGCUAUGAGCGUUCUGGACGUUAUUCUAACAAAAAUGCACCAACGGAAACACCAGUUACACCGAUCUCUUCAACCGCACUUCUGAACAUCCGUUCUAAAGAAAAGGGCUCAAAAAAUCGAACUCCGUCAGACGUUGCGGCUGUCGUGAUCCAAAAAGCAAGAACUCCGAAAACGAUUGGACCACCACCACCAAUCAAACCCAACGAAAAAUGGCAAUGUGACAUCAACGCGAUGUACCAAGAUGGUCAGGAAUGGAGCUUUGAACAGUUACGUGCGAAAUAUUAUGCUGCUCGAGUCCCAGUGAGGUCAGUUGAACCAACACCAAUAAGCCUGCCAGAAAACCCACCUGUUGAAUUGAAAAUCGCCUCAUUGUGUUUGUCGGAGCCCACUGUUUCAGUUCCUUCGCAGAAACGUGAACCAACGACAUGCGAAGUCGCCGUUCAAACAGACUUGUUUGGAUUAGAUUAUGACAUUCAGCUGGUCCCGAGACACACAGCAGUGUCCAAAACACCGUCACCUCGUCAAGUAUCGGAACAAAACAGCGGUGUUAGUGGAGCAUCACCAACCGUCAACACCAAACAAGCCCUUUCAAGUGUCAAAAGUUGGUUCAACGCUAGCGUUCUGUUGCCAGAAACCAAAAUUGAGCCUAAACCAAUGAAAAAAGCCCUCUUCUCGAUCUUCAAAGAUCCAUCCGUAGUCGACGUUCCCGACGAAAGGAACCAUGUCCCGGCGGUGGUACCGAAACCUUUUACUGUGUUCGUCGAACCGGAGAUAAUGGAUCCCGCUCCUCUGCAAACCAAGCGAUUCGCUGUGAUGGACGAAAAUGCUCCAGCUAAUCAAGAGAAUGUCGCAUCAUCCGCUCCGUCUAUGCCGAAGAUGCGUAAGCCUCUAUCAGCAAUUGUCCCAUUGCCAUCGUGCCAAGAACCAGAAGAAGAAAAUGUUGAGGAUGAUUUCAAGGAGAACGUUCCUCCCUCUACUCAUGUUCAAGAAAUAGUCAAAAGACAAUUAAGUGGUAUUUUGGUACCUUCCGUCGAUAUACCUUGUGAUCCCGUCGGACUAGUUGAAGACGACAUGAACACAGAGGAAGAAGAACAAAGAGUGAUAGCUCCUGCUGCUCAUCCGAAUGUCAGUCGAGCUCUUUUUGCGAAUGAGGAAGAGGAACAAACUCGCCAUUACUGCGUCCCAUUGAAUGAAGACGUUGAUUUCACAGUUCCAUCUGCGAUGGCUUUUGCCAAUAACUUGCGCAUUCAAAGCACUCCCUUGAUGCACAUCCGCCAUCAACAACCUUUGGCUUCGGCAGUCACAGAUGAAGCUACAUUUAAUUUGCCUCGUGAUCGAGCUCUACAAGUUACAAACAGUGUCCCUAUUCCAGCUGCAGCAGCUUCAUCCAAGACAUUGCGUGGGUUGAGCCCAAUUGACGAAAGGUCCAGAGAGUAUUUUUCUUCUUCCGGCAGCAGCGCUGGCACCACUGGAUUGGCUCAUAGUCGAUUAAGUGUCGGUCGGAGUCUACAUUCUACUAAUGAUGUUGCUCGCAUCUUUCCACCGCAUUUUGAUCCGUUUGACAUGGAACAUCGGCAAAUGCUGAUAACCAAAGCUGCCCCACUUUAUGAGCGCAAUGGAUUCCAUUCGAUUAGCGGCCGACUACCAUGGUUGCGGAGCAAUUCAAGCGUCCAGUUGGGAGGGAAUCAGUAUAUCGUCAAACAACUAAUAGGACAAGGUGCUUAUGCAAAAGUAUACGAAGCCAUUGCAGAAGGCGGUCCAGUUGUUCUCAAGGUUCAAGAAACGGACGGCAUUUGGGAGUUUUAUAUCACGUCUGAGUUGCAGCGCCGACUGGCUGAUUCACCAACUGCUUGCUCAAUAAUGUCUGUGAGCUGUGGCUACUUCUACGAUGGGGGUAGCAUUCUGGUCAAUGAGUAUUUAAGUCACGGGACAUUACUCGAUCUCAUUAAUAGUUACAAGUUGAAGAAUACUAGUAUGCCAGAAGCACUAGUGUAUCACUUUAGCUUGGAGCUCCUUGCCAUCGUGAGCGAUCUGCACGAAUGCGGCAUCCUCCAUGCUGACAUCAAACCAGAUAACAUUCUGCUUCAGAAUCCGAUGACGGACUUCCUCCAGUUGUCGGAGAAUUGGACGGUCGAAGAUAUUUUAGCUCGAAAUAAACCUACCUUGAAACUCAUCGAUUUUGGACGGAGCAUUGAUUUGGCUCUGUAUCCAGACAAAACCGCCUUCAUGCAUUGCUUUCAAGACGACAAAUCUCCUGAAAUGAGAGACAGCAAGCCUUGGAAUUAUCAGUUGGACUAUUAUGGUCUGGCCACCACUAUUUACACCAUGCUGAUGGGUGUACACUGCAAAAUACUCUACACUGAUGCUCAAUGGAGAGUUCCCACCCUCAAACGGGGACAUAAUUUUCUGUGGCGUGAUCUAACCACAACUUUGCUCAAUGCUGCACUGGGUUCGCAACUAGAUUUGGCACAAUUCCGCCAUGCCCUUGCAGGUCAGCUUAUAACCUCGAUUAAGCCUCGUGAGUACAAUGACAAGAUGCGUGAGCUGGGACGCUAUCUCCUCCAUAAAUGCUGAGUACUUAUUUCCUACUUUUUGACAAACUGCCUUUUUUUAUACUACGAUAAUGUAUGCAUCGUUUCCCUUUCCCUCAUUCCGUGCUUGAAAUAUUUAGCGAUAUGCUCGUAAAAAUAAAUUUGCUCCAAUUUA